AUGGCUCACGUCGCCGAGCAGCUGAAGGACCGCGGCAACCAGCACUUCAAGAACGGCGACUACGUUAGCGCAGAGUCCCUGUACACUCAGGCCAUUCAACGCAACCCAGCCAACCCGCUCAUUUUCACCAACCGUGCAAAUGCUCGCAUGAAGCUCGGCCACUUUGAGGAUGCUAUCGACGACUGCCUGAAGAGCAUAGAGCUCAUGAGGAAUAAUAUGAAGGCGUAUACUUUCCUGGCAAAGUCACAGCUUGCCUUGAACCACCCGAACGAAGCGCUCUCCUCCGCCUUGGUCGCAUACGAUCUCUGCAUAAAGUCGUCGACGCCGACGCGCGAUGCGCAAACCAUCUCAGCGCUGGUGUUGCAGUGCAAGAAGAGUAAAUGGGAGGGCAGGGAGCGGGAAAGAUUGAGAAGAAAAAACCCACUGUUGGCGGAGCUAGAGGAUAAGAUUGAAGCAUCGGCAAACCAGGAGCAGGUCAUAAUCAAUGAUAAGGCGAGCAGGGGUGAAAUGGGCGCGGUGGAGGCGGUUGAGGAGCGCACUGCCCUAGCCAAGGCUACGCAGCAAAAGAUUGAGGAUCUGAGGUCCAUCUUUGCCAUUGCAGACCCGAACAACAUGGCCAAGCGGGAAGUGCCGGACCACCUCAUUGACAACAUCUCGUUCGAGAUCAUGCAUGACCCUGUUAUUACGAAGAACGGUCAUUCCUAUGAGAGAGCGACUCUCAUCGAGCAUUUGAAGCGGAGCCCGACUGACCCUCUGACUCGCGAACCGUUGAAGAUCGAAGACUUGCGACCCAACAUCGCAUUACGGGAGGCGUGCAACGAGUUCUUCGAGAAGAAUUCCGGUUGGGUUUACGACUGGUGA